GGCACAUUCCAUUUUUAAUAUUGUGUUUAAAAUAAUUUUUUUGAAUCAAAUUAGAUGGAGUUUUUAAUUUUUAUGUAAAAUAUAUUAACAAUUAAUGUUAUACGACCAAAUAUAUUAUGCAUUAUUAGUUGAAUUGUGAUUAAGCAAAAAAAAAAGUUAAUGAUUUUUAAUGUACACGAUUAAAUGUUUUUUAAUCUGUGUGAAUAAUCCUAAAAUUUCAUCUAUUAAAAACGGAGGAAGUAUAUGUUAAUAAAAUGAUUGGUUUCAUAUUAAACCGGAGUAAAAUAUGACAUAAUUUGAUAAAAUAAUAAUAUUUGAAAAAUAUUAGAUAAAUCUAUGAUCUCAUUAAAAUAAAAAAUUAUUAAUUUUAUAUAUAAAACUUUAUAUAAACAACAAAACAGUGGAUUGUUUAUUUUUAUUCAUAUAUACAAUAUUAUUUUCUAUACAACAAAAUUUUGUUAUAUACAAAAUUUCUAAUUUACAGAUCCAAAAUUAGUUUAAUGAAUGUGUUUAUUGUUAUAAAACAUUGUAGUUGUUAGAAGGGUACUUUUGAGUUUUGGUACCUUAAAAAAAUUAUAAUAAAUGAAAAUUCUAAUAAAUUAAAAGAAAUAUGAUGUAAAUGAAAGAGGAGGAAAGAAAAGAGAAGAUAUAAUUUUAUACUAAGCUAUAUAUGAGUCUUUACCAUCGUCUUUUUUUAUAUUUCAUUAAUUCGAUUUCGUUUUAUUAAGACUUAAUUCUUUACAAUCCAUGCCUUCUAACAAAUAUCAUGAACUAUUCUUGUUGGUUGAUCACUUUUUUUAAACGAAAUCGAAAAUAGCAGGAAGAUUGAAAUAAUUUUGAUUAGUUAUCGGAUCAUAAAAAUCCACCUCCCGAAUAUCUCUUUAUUCUCUUCAGGAUUGAACAUCGAUUGCAAAAAUUUGAUAAACGCUCACUAGUAUAGAUAUCCUACCCUCGAGAAACAUAUAAGGGGCCAAAUGAAUUUCAUAUCUAAUUGGGUUUUUCAUUUUAAUAUUUUACUGUUAUUUUUUUCAAAUUUCAUGUAAGAAUGUAUUUUUAUUCAAAAUACAUAAAAUAUAUAAAUUAAUCUGAUAAAAUAUAUUAAAUUUAAAUUUAAAAAAUAUAUUAGAGUAAGAUUCUCAAAUAGAACUAAAUCAUGGUUUGACAAGAUUAGCACACGAGAAAAAAAAAUCCUGAAAUAACAUUACUUAACAAUUAAAAAUGCAUUUAAUACAAAUUAGAUAAAAAGAUUAAAUUAACUCUCUUAAAUUAUUUAUAAAUAUUUAAGAAUAAUUUAUAAAACAUUUAUAAACUCAACCCACCCUCUAAAAUAUUAAACCCUAAACAAUAAUCACUAAACCCUAAAUCCAUAUCUAAUAUAUUUUUGAUUAAGUAUAUUUUUGAAAAGUGGUGGCCAACUUAGGGUAUUUUUUAAAAAUAAUUAUUUAUGGCUUGAGUGCCAUUUUUUAUAUAUAUUUUUAGAAUAGCAUCUUUUUAAAAAUGAGUGGGUGGAGGUUGGAUCAGGGUUUAGGAGUGAGUAAUUUUAUAAUUUUCAUGUCAAAUGAGUAUUAUUUUAGAAAAUUUAAUCAAUGAGUGCUAUCUUUUAUAUAAUUUUUUAGAAUAGCAUUUUUUAAAUUUUACUUAAUAGAUGCUCCUGUCAACUUAAUUACAAAUCAUUAAAUACAUGAUUUUGAGAAGCCGUAUGGUUAGUUUUUAUGAUGAUAGAGAUGUAGGGACAUGGGAACUCCUACGAUUCACAUUAAUGGGAAAGAAUAACAGCAAGCUUUGGGAAGUUUGCUGUGUUUCCUCGAAAUAGACUAAUGGACAUCAAUAAUUCACGUAGGUUUUAUGUAUCGGAACCACAAGAAUUAUCGGAACCACCAUCCACAACAAGAAAGAUGCAGAAGUGGAAGAGAAUAGUGUCGUGGAUGAGGAAGCAAAUGUCUUAAGGGUAAUGAUUGGAUAGAGACGACAAGUUGACCCUAAAUCGAUAGUGCUUUGUUCUUAUACAUGAUAAAUCACCAACUGAUGUUAAUUGAAUUAAGACUAACGAGCCUCACAUUUAUUAAAUAUUUUAACUCGUGAGAUGCUCUUUUUUUUUGUGGGGGCGAGGGGAGGCGGGGACAACAAUUAAAUGAAAUGUUUAUGUUUAUGUUUAUGCAUAUAUUUAGAUUUAAAUUUAGAUUUUAGAAAAAUGAUUAAUUUAAAUAUCUAAAAAAGUUUAUAAGUUUUAAAAUCUAUGUAUUUUGGGUAUUUAUGUUUUGAUAGUUUAUAUUUUAUGAUUAAGAGUUAGAAUUUUAAGUUUUAGAGUUUGCGUUUGGGAGUUACAACUCUUCGAUUAAAAUGGCAAGCUUACUAGAAACUUUACUAACCAAAAUAUAAAUAUGCUGCUUUAACUAUGUUUCAAAUAAUUCUACUACUUUCUAAUAAUGAAAUAUGAAAACAAUAUUAUAUCGAGAUCUCAACAUUUAAUUACAAACGUCAACCCUUUCUUAUAUUUUGCUUAAAAUUACAAUGUUCAUCAAAAUUAAAACUUUUUAUUUGCCGAAUCAUUUCAGGUAGAAUGUAAAUCUUGUACUUUCUAAAUGUCCACUAGCGGUUUAAACUUGAAUCUUACCAAAUAUUAUAUAUAACCAAAGACUACUUUUAACCGCAACUGUAUUCACAAUUAUAAAGAUUAUUUGUUCUAAACUCCCAUAAACACACAAACUAGAGUUUUACCCCGUCUAAGGUUUAAAAAAAAACAUAAACAUCAUAAGUUCUAAACACUAUACCUUUAACCAUAAACUCUAAAACCUAAAGAUAUGGUAUAUAUGAGAGAAAAAAACUGAAUUGGUAGUCUUUAAUAAUAAGGAUCAUAAUGCAAUGACAUUUUAACACUGGAAGAGGUGAAAAAGAAAUUAUGGAAAAAAGCACAACGUGUGCAUGUUUGUAAGGAUGAUCAUUGAUCUUUCAAGUUUCCCACAAAUAAUAUACACUUAGGAUGAUGUUUUUACAUUUACAGAGGCUGGAAGGAAUCUGAUUUUAUGCAUGAGAAAGAUAGUUUAGUACAAAGGGGACUAUGCAGCAAGGCAAUGGGAGUAAGAAAUGUUUGAUGCAAUCUUACACCUUUUCAUGCAGAGUUUGAACUUUGAAGUACUCGGGCAAUAAAGUGCAUGACAGCUUACCAAUGAAAAGAUGUGGUUUGUAUUAUAGACUACUCUGACCUGGUGAAAAUGAUGCCAAUUCACUCAUUUUGAAUAAUUUAACCGGUGUAAGCGAAUUUUCUAUUUUCCCAUAUUUUGAAAUUAACAAAUUUCAAGAAAAAAAAUACAAAAUAGAUAAGUUGGCAGAUAGUGCUCGAAUCACUCAACUGCUAUGUUUUGCUGAUCAAAUUCCACCUUUUUGGCUAACUUUCAGUUUAGUCUCUUUUUCUGCAUUAUGUUGAAAAAGUAUAUAAUCAUUGUUCGUGAAGUGAGUAUGAACUUUUUUGGUUUUAAUAUCUUUACAUGAUAUUCUUCACCUGAAGACAAUAUGCCACUUUUUCGAAUACAUGUCUUUCUAAAUAAAGUAGCUGAGUUUAUUUUUUAUGUAAUAAUAUAUUUAGGCCCUAAUUUUACAUUUAAUAUUUUGUUUUCAUGUAAAACACAUCAAUUGAUAUUCAUUGAUUUUUGAUAAAUUCAUGGACUUACAUAUAAAUUGCUGAACUAUUAUAAAAUAAUUUACCACUAUGAAAAUCGUUAAUGGAUUGUUUUACCAAAUAUAAUCUAAUGUUAAGUUUUUGAAACAGAAUUAGAAUGUUAGUUUUAUAAGAAACUUUACUAACCAAAAUAUAAAUGAUCUGCUUCAAAAAAAGAUUUAAAUUAGUUUCAAAUAAAUAUACUAUUUUCCAAGAAUUAAAUAUGAAAACAAAUUAUGUUUUUGUUGUAUCUAUACUCCACCCAACAUAUAUUUAAAUUAUUUAAUAGAUUAUUAGUAAAUUAAUUAUAGAUGUAUAUAAUAAUUGCUCAGAAAUUUCAAUUAAUCAUUUGUGAGUUGGUAUAGUGAUUAUCCCCAAAUAUGUUCAUAACAUUUCUUUGAUGUAGUGAGAAUCAUAACGAAUAUUAAUUUUAAACCAUGGAAAUGAUAGUGAUGUAAUUCAAAAAUGUAACAACGGCAAUACGGCAUAUAAAACAAGUUUUUUGUAGGAAGAUUAAAAUUGUUAUUUCCUAAAUUAAACAUCAUUUAUUAGCUACACAAAUAUUAUUUGGAGCAAUUGUAAAUGUACUGAAGAACAUAAAUUGUAACAAUAAUAGAAAACAUGUUAGUUUUAUAUUGAGAAUUUGAAAAUAAAUUCUAAAACGAAAAAAAAAAAUUUUUGGCGAAACACCCCUUUCUACGAAUCAUAGAGAAUAUGUAGAAUAACUUUUUGGUAAAAAUGCUAAUAUAAUGCAGAAUUUGUUUUUAAGAAAACUAAUACAGGGUGUCCUUUACAAAAUUCAGCUAUUUAUAUAAACCCGUGUGGUAUAUACUUGUGGUAUAUGCUUACAAACAUGAGAUUCCUUGUUAUAGUAUGUAUUUACAAACAUGAGAUUCCUCUUUACAAAAAUGAGUUUCUUCGUCAUAUGCUUGUGGUUAAGGCUUUACAGUUCACAAAUACUUAUAAUAUAGUUUGUUACUUUGAUUGAACAAUGGAGAUUUAUUUGUUUAUUUGGUUAAUACAAUCUAUAUAUUUAGGUGUAGCAGGUCAGUUAUGUCCCAACCAAAAGAGCUUCAAGCGAAGAAAAAGCUAUAAAAAUUGUCUUCAGUCAAGCAAAAAUGCAUGCACUGGGCUCUCUAUUGUUCCCAAACUCUGGGUGGGCACCAACGGGAGAGUGCGAGAGCUACAAACUCGUCCGAGAUAACAACGACUCAUUUCUUGAUUUUCCGGUACCGAAGACGUAUGGAGUGCUCCAUCAUCAGACCAGUUUAGGGGUUCCUGUUUUGUCGGAGGUAAAUGGAUUAAACAACAAUUCGGUCGUGAUCAAGAAGCUUAAUCACAAUGCCAAUGAGCGUAACCGUCGCCAGAAAGCCAACGCUUUGUUCUCAUCUCUUCGUUUAUGUCUUCCAAGAUCAUAUCAGUCGAAGAAGCUAAGUAAUCCCGAGACCGUUUCGCGGAGUGUGCUGUACAUACCUGAGCUGCAAGAGGAAGUGAAGAAGCUAAUACAAAAGAAGGAAGACCUCUUGGUGCGAGUAUCGGACCAAAGAGAACAUUACGUUAAGCCGGAACCAAAGGUGGCUGCUAGUUAUUUCUCCACCGUUUUUGCGACUAACCUUGUAGACAACAAAGUGACGGUCCAAAUCUCAUCGUCCAAGAUUCAUAAUUUUUCGAUAUAUAAUGUGUUGAAUGGACUAGAAGAAGAUGGGUUUGUUAUCGUGGAUGUUUCAUCUUCGAGUUCUCAAGGAGAAUGGCUCUUCUACACUUUACAUCUUCAAGUAGACAAGAUUGAUAGUUACAAGCUAGUUUGCGAAGAUUUAAGUCAAAGGGUUCUGUACUUGUAUGAGAAAUGUGGAAACUCGUUUAAAUGAUCAUUUGUUCUUGUUUCGUUUUAUGUGUCGUCCUUUUCUACAGAUAAGCUGUCAUUCUUGAUUAAUGUUUUGUAACGCAAGAGAUCAUGCUAAUCGUCUGUGUUUCGUUUCUAUAUUAUCGGAUGUUGACUUGAUUAAUGUACAACUUGUACGUAGUUGAGUUGAUUCUGUUUUUUUUGGUCAAAGCCAAUGAUCGAUUACUAGUAAACUACCACUAAGUUCGUAUUACAUCAAUAAAUUUCAGUUUUGACUGCGAUUUAAGAAUAGCAGUUAUAAUUUAUGUAAAUACUUUUCUGGUGGCAAAAACCCUUUGAUUAUUCCAUCUACUCUUCUUGUUUAAACCCUAUAUCUACUAAUAAUAGGAAUCCUGAUUAAUUCCAAAGGUUGUGAAUCCAACUUAUGUUGAAAGGUUGUGUCUUUUGAAAAAGAUGUGUAAAGAGUUGUGUCUUUUCUAAAAGUUCUAUGUUGUAAGGUUGUGUCUUUUCUAUAUUGAAAAGUUGUGUCUUUUUAAAAAAAAUGUUUAAAAGGUUGUGUAUUUUCUAGAAGUUCAAUGUUGUAAGGUUGUGUCUUUUCAAAAAGUUCACAUAAAUAUCUUUUAAAAUGUGAAAAGUUGUGACUAUUCUUAUAAGUAUCUUUUGAAAAUAACUACUUUUAAGUUGGAAAGAUGUAACUAUUCAAAUUGAAUAGUUGUGACUAUUCACAUUUUUUUUGAAAAUCUAUAAAUAGUCUUUGGUAUACAUUUCUCAAAAUAAAAUUUUCACUUACCGAACUAAUAAAAUGGUGGAAAAAAGGUUAUAAGCAGUUACUAGGUUACCAAUGAAUUCUUGUAAUGAGAAAGUAUAUGAAAAACCUACAGUAUUUAUGUUCUCUUCUUGCGUAAUAACAGCUUCUAAUAUGAUCUAAUUGCAUCCAGUUUGCUGUUGUUCUUCCACCCUAUAAUCGAAUGCAAGAGGCAGAGGAUUGACUUGAACCCAUUGAAUAAUAGCAAAAGUGUUAAUGUAUAUCUUACUAUAAUUAUAAAAAAGAAAAGUUUCAAUUUUAUGAAUGACUUUUAAAAGGAGAUCAGUGCUAUACUUGAAUUGAAAUUCAUUUAUUAACACAUUUUCUGAUUCGAAUUUGACCCGAGAGGAUUAGGGGAGUUUGUUUAUCUGAAAGUAGAACAUAUAGGCAAACAAUAGAUGUUUUUUAUAGAUUGAAGAUAUCGGGUGUUGAUAAAAUAUUGUUUAGAAGUGAAUAGACAUGUCUGUUCAACAUGUGACCUUACGUUUUUUUGGGUGAACGAGAGGUGACCAUACGCGUAAAACAGUUAGUCUUAUUAACAAAGAAAAAGAACCUUAUAUUACACGUAAGGUUGACAAAGCGACAAUCCAACAGAACUUUCAUAUUAACAUAAAAGAUAUUAAUAUCAAAGGUUAAAGAAUUUCAAUUUCAAAGUAUUAUCCUGGCCGAACAAUAAAAGAAAAUAUUAUAAAACAUUUUGAUUUUUCAAUUCCAAUUAAUUCUAAAGACUGUGAAUUUCAUUUACGUUGAAAGGUUUUGUCUUCAUUUUAAAAGUUGUGUCUAUUCAUAUAAGUAUCUUUACAAAAUAAUUACUUUUAAAUUAAAAGAAUAUGACUAUUUAAAUAUAUUUAAAUUAAAAAGUUGUGACUAUUCAUAUAAAUAUCAUUUGAAAAAGAAUAACUUUUAGUAAUUCUAAUUAAGUUAAAAGAUUUUAUCUUCAUUUUAAAAGUUGUGAUUAAUCAUAUAAGUAUAUUUACAAAAUAAAUAUUUUUAAUUGAACUAGAACAUUUUAGAGUUACAUGUUAUAAAACAUAGUCUCUCAACUUCACUGAAAUUCACAACCGUUAUUGUUAUGAUAUAUUAUACAUGAAAAUAACAUUGACAAUAAGGCUGAAGACAAUGUCUAUAUGUCAUUUUUGAGUGAAUUUAUUUUUACAAUAAAAAUAAUUUUUAUUAUAAAGAUAAUUCAUAUACUUUAAGUUCUAAUUCGGAUGGUAUAACAAUCACUGAAACAAAUUAAUAUUUUCACCAAUAAACUAUUCUACAAAUAUUUUCAGUAAAACAAUAUAUGAUAUAUGCACUUAUGUAUCUUAUUCAUUUAGAAUAUUUUUUUAUUGAAAUGGUUUGUGGUUAUUUCUCAUUUUACUGAUAUCAUACAUUUUUAAAGUUCAUUAAAAUUAAAGAGCGAUUUGCAUGAAAAAUAUGACAUAAGUUUAAAAUUUGCAAAUAUGGAACUUGGGCCAAAAACACACUGAAACCCAAACUGUUCAUGGUUGCAUUUACACAGUUGCCCCUAUAACUCUGCUACGGUAAGAAAGAGAAACAAAUUAAUAUUUUAUUUAAUAUUUUAUGUAAAAAUGAGAAAUCUAAUAAGUUAAAAACAUUAUUUUGUCUCUUCUUUCACGUUCUCUCUUUCUCUUUCUCUUUCUAUUCUGUAAUUUUCUUCAGAAUUAUCAUCAGUCUUUUUUUUCUUUCUUGGCAAAUCCAAAUCUCAAUUUUGUAAAUCAUAAACUCUUUUCAAUUCGAUUAAGUUUCGUCUAUCCAAUCAUAUACGAAAUAUAAAAAAAAAACAUUUUUUUCUCUUCGUCUCUUUGUACGAGGGCGCGUGAACUAGUCUCAUCACCAUCCACCGCCACCUCCGCCACUUUACCAUCAUCAAGUAUCAUCUCUGGUGGAUCAGUUGAGAAGACAAGAGCAGGCUAAGGGUAAAGUACCCAAGUAGUGUACUUUUUCUUAAUUGUUAUCACAGUUCUUGGAAAUGUUUUUCAUUUUUAUUUAAUAAUGAUGUAAUUUAUGAAAUAACCGGUUAACAUAUUUUGUUUGUCUUUUUGUUAUAGUUAGCCGGCUACGAAAAAUGAGUACAAUAAUAGACUUAUAUUUGGUGUUUGGACUAGUGAAUGUAAAAAAAUUAUAUGUUCGGCUAAACAGAAAAUUAACUCUCUAACAAAUCACAAUACAUAAUAUUAAUUUGUGAUUGGCUAAACAGAAAAUUAACUCUCAAUCAAAUUGCAAUAGAUUUACAUGUACGGCUAAAUAUAAAAUUAACUCUCUAAUAAACUGCAAAAUAUAUGACUGAAUUUACUUUUACGGUUAAACAUAAAAUUAACCAUCUAUUAAAUCACAAUAUAUAUGACUAAAAAAAUUGUUAGCCGUAUAUAAUAUAUUAUAUUCGACUAAACAUGAGAUUUCCUAUUAAAAUAUUUUAUAUUCUUUAUAUGGUUAUGCUUAUUGUUAGCUGGUUUGGGAUAACAUACCAAAUUAUUUAUGUUUUACUAAUAUUGUAUCUUGAAUUGUAAUAUUGCAUUUGUUGUUUGCAUGAAAUCAAAACAUAAACGCGUAAUUAACAAGGAAGAUGAUAUUCAAGGCCUGUGAUUCAUACAUAUUAUAUUAUUCGCAACAACGAUUCUUUUGUGUGUGAUUCAACAGAGACUCAUGCAACUAGUAAUCCAAGAUGUCAUCAGUAAACAGACGGGCCCCUCUUCCGUCAGCUUCUACGGCCAAUCUCCGUCGUCGUCUAAGGUAAGGAAUGGCUCCCUCUAGAUCAAGGAUUGUGCUCUUUCAGCAUAGAUGCGAUGCGUCUCCGGGAGCCUCUGUUCUUCGCUUCUUCUUCGGCAUCCUCUCUCUCAUCCUUUUAUUUGUUCUAUCUCCUCUUGUUCUUCUUCCACCUCUAUAGCAUCAUGGAUCUUCCUCCUCUCCAUUAACUGAAAUGAAGGCAAGUUGUAGCAAGGGUGAGGUGAUGGAAAGCUGUAACAUACGUGAGGUGACGGCGUGACGGUGAGCUUGAGCAGAGGUGAGGUAACUGUGUGAUGGAGAGCUUGAGCAGAGGUAAUGGUGUGAUGGAGUGACGAUGUGACGGUUAGUUGACAUGAUGGUGUGACGGCGAUAGAAAAGAAAAGAAAGUGAUAAAUUUGAAGAUAAGAAGAGAGGAGAUAUCAAGAGUGUAUUAAUUAUGACGGAGAAAACGAGGUAAUUUUGUAGCAAUAGGCGAUGAAAUUAUCGAGGAAAACCAAAGAGUAUCGACUGGUGGAUUAGGAAGUAACUCUCUCUUGACAAAUAUAAACACGUGUAAUGUAGAGAUACAGAGGUUCUGAAUAUGGUAUAGGUUGUGUUUUCGCUCAACAUAGGGGUACAACAGCCAUUAUAAAAAAACACAUCAGCGAGAAAGUGGAUUUUCCAUAUCUCCAAAUUAUGCAGUUAUCUUUGUACAUGGAGUGCAAUUUCUCCAAAAUUAAAAGUUCUAUAUUUUUCACCUUAUUUUAUUAUACCUUGAUGAUAAAUGAACUUCUUUGAUAGUUAAAUAAAAUGCUUUAUAUAACAAGUAUAAAUUUUACAAAUUCACAGAUGUUUUUAAUAACAUUAGUUCACGAUAAUAAUUUAAAAAUGCAUAGAUAUAAUGUGUGCGAUUACUAAUUGGUAUUGACAUAUUGUAAUUUUAUAAUAAAAAAAUAUAACUACAUGUAAGAUGUUUUCGUAACACAUGUAUUUCUUCAAAAAACAAUUAUAUAAAAUGUGGUAUAUUUUUUUUUACAAAAUGAGUUUUCGUGCGAUAUCGCACGGGUUCUUUACCUAGUUUUAUAACAAAAGAAAAUAUGAGAAAAGACAAAAGAUAUGUUAAAAAAAGGAAAAAAAAGGUGUGUUUAGAAGAUUCGGUUAGCCAUUAUUUAUUUAAGAGUAUUUAAUAGAUGGUCCUGCCAUUUAAAUACUUAUUUCGAAUCAUUAAAUACAUGAUUAAUGAGAGCCUUUUGGUUGGGUAUCCAUUGAUCUUGGAGAUAUAUUACUCCAAAAAUAACAGAUUGCAAAACUAACCAAAAACAAUUGUGGUUUUGUAUUUAUUACCGCCUCGUGAAUAUUAUAAAGUCUAGCAGCAAACAGAUUAUUAGUGAAUCUGGUGAUCUAAGCUUUUUCUACUCGGAUUACUAUUUAAUAGUGAAUCUGAUGACCUACGCUUUUCUAGUCGGAUAUACUCUAUAGAUAGUGCAUUUACAUGAUAGAUUAUCAACCUUUGUUAAUUAAAUUAAUAAUAACUAGCCUAACAUUUAUGUAACAUAGUUUACAAACAAAAAAAAACAUUUAUGUAAUAUAAUAAUAUCCAACUAGGAUGAAGUCUUGCAGCAAAUAGAUACUUUUAUUGUUUUUUUUUUGAACAAAAGAUACUUUUAUUGUUUUUUUGUUGACUCUAAAACAGUAAAAGUAUCUCGAUCCUUGCUUUGCCGUACGAACAGUGGAAUUAUCUGCGCCGUCAUGCACGAUACAAAGGUAUACACAACGUUGUUUUUUUUUUUUGUAACUUAUACACAACGUUGUUAAAUUUCUAACUUCUCUUAUGCAUUACUUUGAGAUUAUGAUGGUGAAUUUUUUUUAGUGAAUCUGGGGAUAUUCCGAUUUUAAGAUCCCCAAUAUUAAUCUUGAAAAAGGAAGCGCAAUCCAGCUGAUAAACCUUUUCUUUGGAUUUACAACUGGGGCAAAAAACCUCAUUGUGUGUGUAAAAGUAAAACAUAGUGGGGAGUAUAACCUCUCUCUCUAAAAACAAAACACUCUCUCCUCUCUCUACUACUAGGGUUUCCACCGCUGCCUCUCCGCCUUCCGGCGGUCGCCGCCGUGUUUCUCUGGCGGCUGCCGGACCUAGCUUUUCUUUUUCUUUUUCUCUUUCGUCUGGUUCUGUGUCCUCCUUGUCGUCUCCUCCCCUGUUCUCUUCUAUGGCUUCUUAACGUGCAGUGAAGGUUCUUUCCGGUUCAGAUCCGGAGUCUUUCUCUGGUCCACGGCCAGAUCUGGGGGUGAUAGCACUAGAGGACGGUGCUUGUUCUUCCAAUGCUCUGUUCCUGUCGCCAGUUUCGACUCUGUCCGGUUAAGAGGUUUUGUGGCCUUAUUGCGCGUUGAGAUUGGGUGGUGUUGCGUGGUGGUUGCAGAGAUGCUGGCCCGUGCUACGUAAGGUUCUGUCAGUGGCGUGGUGGUGCUCUACGGCUUGGGUUCAGUUAUGCUUCAGAUGGCGCGGAUCUGGAGUUUGCUCUCUCUUCUUCUACCGGUGGUCUCCGGUAGGUGCGCGUGGGCUCUCUUGGUGUCGGUAUCUCUGGCUCCGGUGAGCUCGUGUGGUAACGCGCGCGAUGGUCACGGCGGCGCGGGGUGGUGGCAGCCCCCGCGUUUUUUUCAGUUGGAUUCUUUGUUUUCCUGUCCUUAUGGGCAGUUUGCCGGUGGUUCCGGUUUGGUCUGUGCCGUGACCUGAGUCCUCCACGACUUCAUCUCCCUUUGAAUAAGGUAUUGCGGCUCUUGGAUGAACGCGUUUGGUGGGUUGGACUUUGUUCUUGUUCUUGUGUAGUUGUUGGUCUAUCGGACGGCUCAUUCUACUGCAGUUGCGCUUUCGGAGAGUUAGCCAUCUUUCGGUCCGCUAUCUCUAUAUGGGAUUUCGGUUCAAUGGGUGUAAACGGUCACGGCGAGCUGGAAUGGAGGCGGCAAUCUCCGGGACGGUUCGACGAACGACAGCAUCGUCGAUCGAUGGUUCUCUCUCAUGCCGUCGAAGGUUUAGUUGUCGGGGUAUUGAGUUUGUUUGUGUUUGGAUUCUUCAUUUGGGUCCGGUUAUGGCAGAGUGGUCAGAAGCUGUAGGAGCCGUAGCAUCAAGGUUUGAGGGCACCUUUCUCUCGGUAGCUCGCGGUGCCCGACCCUUGUCUCGACUGGUCUCGGUUUGCAAGGUUCGAGCUUGACUUGUAGCUCAUCGGGCUCUUAGACUUUGUCCCGCUAUCUUCGUGUUUUUUUCAUUCCGUUUAGGAUCUGUUGUUUAGUUUCUUUUCCGCAUUCCGCUACUUGUUCACUGUGUAAUUUCUGUCUCAAAACCGAAAAUUGGUAUAAUAAUUUAA